AUGUCGUCCUCCCUCACCCGCCGUGUGUUUAGGAGCAUCCUCGCCAACGAACCCAUCGUCCACCGCGGCUGCCUUCGCCGACGACACUAUGGAACGACUCGACGGCUACAACUUGCUCCCUCCAGGCCUGCAGCUUGCAAUGGGGGUAUAAAGCCGAUCCAGCAGCGGAGGACGCUCUUUGGCAUGUUCGGCGGAGGCAAGAAAAACGACGCCCAAGAUGCGGACAUCGACCCUGGCGUGGAGAAGAUGAUGGAGUACGUCAAGAUGCAGAAGAUGAGUGCGAGACUGCCGCCGCCCAGUGAAGUCGUCGAGGCUUUGUCUCAAUUCUUCAACCAUAAAUACAAAUAUAAAAAUCGGGGCUCCCAGCAACCCAUCGAGGACACCCAAGCCGAGCUUGCGGCCAAGAGCUUGCAAUAUUGCCUGGACUCGAUCAAGCCCGUUCACUCUGACGGGCCGAAAACCGUUGUGCCUUUCAAAGCUCUCGAGAAAGGGAGGAGGGCCUUGAGGCGCACCGUUUCGCCGACUCCCAGCCAUGUCCAUCUGGCGUAUUUGAUUUAUCAGGCCUUCUCGAAUACUUCGCCUGUCCGGAGGCUACUAGCCGCUGUGACAUACGUCUCCUGUCUGGCUUCAUCGGGUCGCGUUCAGGAAGCUCGACAGUUUGUGCUGGACUUGCAAGUUCCGGACGACACUGCAGCACCCAGUUCAAAGCCUUCGGACGAAGAUGAUCUGCCGAGUAGCGAAUUUGUGGAUGAGACUGUGAACCCUCCGACGUCUUCUCAGUCUGUCUCCGCCCUAUGGUCUGAGGUCCUCCGUGGCUUUGCUCGACAAGACAGCGAGAGCGCAUUGUUAGAAACUCUAGACAUGGCGCGAACUCACGUUUCCGGCGCGAUAUCACAGCUCCCGACCCACAUGCUCGACUUCUACCUCCGCAAAGACGACCACGACAAGGUGAAAUCCUGGUUCGUGGAGUACUGGCAAGCGAGUGGAGAGGACAUCGCGUCUGACCAAAGCAAAAGUCAAAGAGCCGACAUGGUCGGCAAGGUGCUGCGGUGGUGUCUACAACAUGAUCAGAUUGACUUUGGUCAUGAUGUGGUCAGGCAAGCCCUGAGCGAAACUCCUAGCAAAGGGAUCUGGGAUGCUGUCUUCGUCUGGGCAGCUGGGACUGGCAAAGGUGCCGAUGAGAUAGACCGCAUGUUCACCGUAAUGGAAUCCGCCAACAAGAAGAUCGCUGAUCCCACAAACUGGAACACUCCAAACACUGCGACGAUCAACGCUCUCGUCGAAUAUGCAACCUCCAAGAACGAUCCUUACCUCGCCGAACGGUUCAUCGCAAUAGGGAAAGCUCGCGACAUUCACCCCGAUGCCAACACCUAUGUCUUGCAGAUGAAGUAUCGUCUAAAGAUAUCAGAUGUUGACGGUGCGCUCAUUGCCUACAAGAACCUGCAGUCCAUGGAUCUCUCCUCCAACCACGACGUCCCCACCGUCAACGAGCUCAUCGCAGCACUGUGCAAGAGCAGUCGCCAUGACUUUGACACGAUCAUGAAUGUAGCUGCUGAUCUCUCGGAUCGAAAAGCUCGCUUCGAGCCCGCAACUGCAACGGCCUUGUCUUUGCUGCAUCUCAAUCGCGAUGAAGUGCAUGAUGUAACUGAUCUGAUGAACACGCAUGCAUUCCAUUAUUCAACCGCUGAGCGAGAAGUGGUGCGACGAGAUCUUGUCGCUUAUUGCUUGGAUCCGAAGACGCCGCUGUCCCGCGUGUGGGAUGCGUACAAUGUCCUCAUCGAGAUCUUCGACGAAAUGGCGCGAGACGAGCGAACGCAGAUCAUGCUGGUCUUCUUCCGGCGGGAAAGGCCAGACGUAUCGGUGAACAUCUUCAACACUAUGCGAUCACAUUAUCGCGAGGACACAAUACCAUCGAUCGAUACAUACGUGGCAGCGUUCCUUGCGUCGGCCAAGCUGAGAGAUUUGGACAGUCUGGAAGUCAUCCACAACCAGCUCAAACUUGACUACAACAUCGACGCCAAUACAUACCUGCUGAACGCUUUGAUGAUCGGCUAUAGUGCGUGCGGAAAUCCAAGACGUGCACUUACAUUCUGGGAUGACAUCGUGGCGAGCAAGGAAGGACCGACCUACAACAGCAUCCAUAUUGCACUGCGUGCUUGCGAAAAGGCUCCAUUCGGCGAUCUGAGAGCAGAGAAGAUCUGGGCGAAGCUGAGAAGCAUGAACAUCGAUCUUGACCAGGAGCUGUGGGCGUCUUACAUCGCAGCUUUGGCGGGGAACGGAAAUACCGAGAAGGCCAUUUCUACACUUGAGGAGGCCGAAUCAAAAGGCGAGCUGGAAGUUGAUGCAUUCCUUGUGGGAAGUCUGUUCAACGGCUGUUCUGGACAGGCGCCUCAGGAGGAGGUCGAGAGCUGGUCCAAAGAGAGGUUUCCGCAGAUCUGGGAGGAGCUGGAGAAGGGGGGAGUUGAUGAAGAUGAGAAUGGGAUGAGGACGUUGAGGAUUGAUCGGACGGUGACGCCUUGA